AUGAUGAAUUUCAGCGCUCGAUUACCACGAGGUCCUCCAAAAGAAGGUCCCUGGAAUGAGGUGUUGAUUCUCAAUAGAACCACUCGAGAAGAAAUUCGCAGAGUACAGAAUUACGCUAAAUACGAAUGCACAUCUCCAACGCCCCAUGCAGGUGAAUCCUGUCAGGGUAAAAACUUCACCGUUCCAAUAUUCUGUGGAUUUUCUGCCUCCGGUAACGCUACUGGUCGACCAGUUUUCAUCAAUUAUGGCAGACCUGAAGACUUACAAUUUUUCAACAGUUCUGAUAAGCUCUGUUCACUUGACAUUAUUGUCGUGGCUAGACACGGAUACAAUAGCUAUGGUAGCAAGGUUAGAGAAGUCGUCAGUCACUGCAUGAAGUUAGGGAGUAAUUCUCUUCCUGGGGGAAUGUUAAUCUAUCGUGACCCCACAGACGUUCCACCGGACAUUAAAGUGUAUCCAGAGGGAGUUGGCUUACCAUCGGAUGGACUUGCUUAUCGGGUCUCUACGAUGCAUUCCCAAGGCGGUGAUGUCGAAACUCCUGGGUUGCCAUCCAUUGAUGGUGUUUACAAGAUUCAGACGGCAGAACAAGUGGCAGUCACUCCGUUCCCUGUGCAAACAAUAAACCUCAAUGAUGCCAAAGUUCUGAUUGGUGGAUUUGGUGGUGCCGCAAUUCCUACAGAAUGGAAACCUUCCUCUAUUCAAUUUAUGGGGCCAGAAGGUGACAACUUAAUAAAAAUGAAUGUGAGGAACAGGUUGGAUGAAAAACCUUCUACGCUUGUUGAUGUGAUUGGUAUUAUGCCUGGUAAGGGCCCAGAAGCUGACAAAUAUGUCAUUAUUGGCAACCAUCGAGACGCUUGGAUCCAAGGAGCUAGUGAUCCACACUCAGGAACAGCAGUUAUUCAAGGUGUUGCCUACCUCCUCGGCCUUGCAUACAAAGAUGGAUGGCGCCCGAAGCGUUCAAUUGUUAUCUGCAGUUGGGACGCUGAAGAAGUGGGUCUGAUGGGAUCAACUGAAUUUACCGAACUUUUUCACAAAGAACUCUUCUCCAAGGCCUUAGUGUACUUUAAUCAAGACUGUCCUGUUAAGGGCAAUGCCACAUUUGCCCUACGUGCUGAUCAAUUUCUUGAAAGAGGGCUUCUACAGAGUGCUACAGCCGUUCAAGGACCUUGCAAUAAUUCAUUGAACUUCCUUGAGGAAUGGGCCACUAGAAACGUAAAAUCUAAUGGCGUUCCAUUCACUGUGCCUAUUGGAGGUUCAACUGAUCAUGUUCCUUUCCAAUAUCAACUAGGAAUACCCUCCACUUACCCAGAGUUUCGACCUGAGCCACCACUUUUCGAGGCGCCAUCCUAUCACACAGCCUAUGAUAACAUUGACAUGGCGGAGAGAUUCACGGACCCCCCGUGUCCAACGAGCAAAGAGAAGUUUCCCCUUCACCAAUUUCUCAUUCGAUACCACUUCCAUCUCAUGCUUCGAUUCUCUGGAAGUCGACGUUUUCCCAUAUUCCCGAUCUACAAGGCUAACACAUUGGAGUUAGCAUGGAAAAACAUUUUGAAUUAUACGGCCACUUACAUUCCAGAAAUUAAAACCCGUUUUGGAAUUGAUUUGGACUAUAUCACAGGAUCAAUAAGAGCCUUCAAAAACGCAGUGAUGGCGUUUGAGAAAUCCUUUGUCGAUAUCGAGAGAAGUAAACCUCAUUGCCUUCACGUCUUCAAUAAUAUUCUAGCCGAUCUUUCAAAACAAUUUAUUACCAACGUGAAUACUACUACACCAAGACAUGUACUUGUUGAAGAUGAAGAUGUCAAGUCUCACAUUGAAAGCUACUUCCCGCGAUUGCAAAAACUGCUCCAUAAUUUGAACCAGUCUGCUGGAAAUGAGACCAGUGAUUUGAUCACUAACAUCAAGAUAGAACUUUCUAUUCUCUUCACCGCAUUCACGUCUGCUUCGAAUCAUCUCAAAGGCGGUCUCCUUGGAUCCUUGGACAUGGUCUAUGAUGAUCUUUGUCCAACCCACCAAUACAUGACAUUUGUGUACUAA